AUGUAUGAAGAAGUAAUUAGUGGGGAGUUGAAGGAAGUUGAGGCAAAGGAAUAUGAGUUGAAGGAAGCUGAGGCAAAUCAUGAUAAUAUGCAUGGGAUUCAUGAGGUGCAUGAUGAUGUUAGUUAUGAUGAUACUGAGGAUGAGAGCUUUAAGUAUCAUAGUGCUUUGGAGAUAGCUUUUGAUGAUGAUUCUGAUGAGUAUGAUGAAUUUGAGGAAGAUGAAAUUGAUUAUCUAAUUGACUAUGAACAUAAAGAUGAUCAAGAGGAAAAACGCAAAAAAGGGAAAGAAAAAUGGGAAGAAUACAAGGAAGAAUUUAAAGGGAGUGGUAAUAAGAUUGAAGACCUAGAAAGUGGAUGGAAAAGUGAUGAUAGCAGUGGAGUUAGAAAAAGGAAGUUCCUCAUUUUCAAGUUGCAAAAGACAUGUCCAAUUACAAAUGGGAGGUAG